GUGGGAAAAAGCUUGAUCACCCCACGUGAUCGGCUUAGAAAACGGGAAUUCCAUCCGCCUUUUUGACCGGUGCCAAACGGGAAUCGUCACUGCUGUCGUCUCGGUGGGGAGGGGGAGGAAUCCAUUCCAGUCUUUGAGCGAGCUCCGUCAGGAUAGCGUCGGGGAGAAAGACAAACCAACAAGAAGGGAUAUAUACAUAUACGUGGACGCACUUGUCAAACGGAGUUGACUUGACACACGUUCUUCUGAUUCAUCUAUUCGAUCUGAAUCUCAUCGUCACCCAUCUAUCUGUUCUCUUGCGCUUAACAUCAUGGCUCCGUCUGAUCUCAAGAAAGUCCUAGUAACCGGAGGGCUAGGCUACAUAGGAUCACACGUCGUCGUGGCUCUUCUGUUGACAGGCAAAUAUCUCCCCAUCGUAGUGGACAACUGCCACAAUGCUUUCCCAGAAGCUGUCAAGCGAUGCGGCGAGAUUGCUAGAGAUGAGAUGGGGGCGGACGCUCCGCAGCCUCUUUUCCACCGUUUAGAUCUGCGAGACCCCGCUGCUAUCGACGAGGUGUUUAGCAAGUAUGAUAACGAGGGCGGAAUUUGGGCCGUCAUACAUCUUGCAGCGCUUAAAGCUGUAGGAGAGUCUGGAGAAAAGCCAUUGGACUACUAUCGAGUCAACGUAGCUGGAUCCAUCUCACUCAUGGAGUCUAUGGCCAAGCACAACUGCAACAACCUUGUCUUUUCCUCCUCUGCCACCGUCUACGGAACUCCAAAGACCAUUCCUAUCCCCGAAACUAGUCCCCUCGUCCCUGAAUCCGCUUAUGGUCGCACCAAAGCCAUGGUCGAGAUGAUCAUGCAGGAUACCUGUCGCGCCGCCGUCCUCACGCACGGAGACAAGGGUCUCCGAGCGGUCAGUGUGCGAUACUUUAACCCCGCUGGAGCGUUUCCCUCUGGCAAACUUGGAGAGGAACCGAGAGGAAAGCCCGGCAAUUUGUUGCCGUUGCUAGCUCAGAUGGCGUCUGGACGUGACAAGUCGGCUUUGAAAGUAUUUGGAGACGACUACCCGACACCGGACGGCACAUGUGUUCGGGACUAUCUUCACGUCAUGGAUCUCGCAAAGGGACACGUUCUGUCCCUUGAUGCCCUGGACAAAUCAGUUUCUAGCCCAUCCGACAGCAUUUUCUCCAAACUCGACGUCAAGAAGGAUGGAUAUUACCGAGCCUUCAACCUGGGUAAAGGAAAGGGAAUGAGUGUUUUGAAUAUGAUUGAGGCAAUGAAGAAGGCGACGGGCUAUGACUACAAGUAUGAGAUUGUAGGCAGGAGGCUUGGUGAUGUUCCGGACCUCACUGCCGAUCCAGCAUUGGCACAGAAGGAGCUUGGUUUCCUAGCCGAAGAGGACCUCGAGACAAUGUGCAGAGACUUGUGGAACUUUCAGACGAAAAACCCUAACGGCUACGAGACCAGCUCAUAGUU